CUCUUUCACAUCUCAGCUCCAAACAAGGCCAAUUAGCCAAAACCAAAACCAAACACACAUCUGAACCAGUGUUCUUCAUCCAUGGCCGAUGCACAGAGGAGUAAGUCCGGCAGCGGGAACCGGCGCCAGCCCAGCCGGCUGCAGCGGCGGGCCCCGUCGCUACAAAUCAGCGCACCCGUCUCUAAUUGGAACGUGGCCAUCCCGCUCCUAUCUCCGCUUGCCACGUCCCCGACGUCCCCGAACCUGUUGAACGAUCGGAUGGCGGAGACGAAGCCGAGGGAGGAUCCGAGGCAGCAAGGCGCCGAGGCCGAGAAAGUGGCUUUCAAGAAAUGGCAGCACCCGGCGGCUCCCUUCUGCUACGAGCCGGCGCCGCGGGUCCGACCCUUCGUGCCGGCGUAGACAGGAGUAGAUAGGGGGUAAUAGGAUUGUAUGAUUGGCAAAUAGUAUGUAGAUCUAACGGUGUGAGUUGGAAGAGUUUUUUUGAUCAACAUUGACAUGAUCGAGUUUGUGCAAGCUGUAUACAGGGUUAAAUAAUUUAUUGCGGUUAUAAAACAAACUUGCUUUUGUACAUA